UAAACUUUACACGGGAUUUUAAAUCGCUUUACAAGUUGUGCUUCUAGCCUACAAAGUCUGAGCAACAUGAAAUUAUUUAAAAGAAUUUAACUGUAUCUGUAGCUACUUCUGUCUUUGCACAACCGGAUUGCACGUUUCUCCCUCCCCUUGCCCGGCGAGUGUCUUUUCGGAAGCGGGAGCGGGGCCGUCCUAGGACACCUGAAGUCACAGAAAAUGCAAAGGAUAUCAUAAUGAUAUAUGAAGAAGAUGCUGAGGAAUGGGCUCUGUACUUGAAAGAAGUUUUUUUACAUGUUGUGAAAAGAGAAGCAAUCCUAUUAUAUCACUUGGAGAAUUACUCUUUUUGGGAUUUGGAAUUGCUGAGUUUAAACUGUUAUAAAUGUAAACUUUUGAUAUUAUCAAAUGGCCUGCUUAAAAACCUAACUCCAAAGAAAUGUCAAUUUCUGGAAAAGAUACUUCAUUCACCAGAAAGUGUGGUUACUCUGCUGUGUGGAGUGAAGAGUUCAGAUCAGCUCUACAAAUUAUUAAAUAUCGCUGGAGGCAGAUGGGAGAUAUCUACUGAGCAGGAGCCCCAAGAUUACAUCGCUGUAAUCGAGAGUAUCGUAUUCAGAGGUUCUGAGGACUACCUUCAGGUAAAUAUUCCAACAGACCUAGGAGUGGAAUGUUCCAAGGAAAUAAGUAAGAGAAAGGAAAUUGAAGAAUUAUCAAUAGCAUCAAGAGGCACCAUACCACUGGCAGUGGUGCUUCCUGCUGAAAUUCCAUGUGAGAAUCCUGGUGAAAUAUUUAUUAUCUUGAGAGAUGAAGUCAUUGGUGAUACCGUGGAGGUUGAAUUUACAUCAAAUAGUAAAUGUAUUAGGAUGCAGCCAACCCGUUGGAAUAAGACAGUCUGGUGUAUGAAAGCUUUAGACUUUCCUGCUGGCUCUGUCAAUGUCCAUGUCUACUGCGAUGGAGUCAUUAAGGCCACAGCAGAGAUUAAAUACUCUACAACAAAGGCUGUGGAAUACCUACUGGGGGUAGCCCGUCCUGGAGAUGGCGUGUGCCAGAAGGACAUGGAUGAACUUGAUGAUAUUCUCACAUCCAUAUUCAAACAUGAGAUACCAUAUUAUGAGUUUCGAUCAUUCCAACCUGAAAUCGACCCACAGAAAGAAUAUACUCAUUUCAAAGAACUUCCAACUCUUCUCCACUGUGCAGCAAAAUUUGGUUUAAAGAACUUGGCUAUUCAUUUGCUUCAAUGUUCAGGAGCAGCAUGGGCAUCUGAGAUGAAAAAUUUCGAGGGUUCAGAUCCAGCACAUAUUGCUGAAAGGCAUGGUCACAAAGAACUCAAGAAAAUCUUUGAAGACUUUUCAAUCCCAGAAGUUAACAGAAAUAAUGGGCAAGAAAAUGACUAUGAAGGUGAUAUUACCUCAUUAUUUACGUAUUCUCCCACCAUACAGAACCCAGCAUUUCAUCACGAAAGCAGGCAGACAUACAGGCAACGUGCAGAAGGAGCUGAGGCAGAUGAAUUGGCAGAAGAAAACCAGAAUGAAUCAGGCACAGAGACUGAGCACAGCUUAGCAGAGGCUGGCAGUGGAAGUUCUGUAAACCAGUACGAUGAUGACUUGUAUGUGUUCAUUCCUGGAGACAAUCCAGAACAUAAUUCACAAGAGCCACUCAUGAGCAACAGACCACCUCUCCCCCCGCCACGACCUGUAGCUGCUGCCUUCCAACCUCACUGCACAUUACAGGGGAAAAUGGUAGAAGGCCAAAUGGAAAGAGGUCAGAAUUGCUGUGAUCUCGGAGCAAGACAAGAAAUAGGAGGUGAACCCAAAGAAGAAGAAAAGAAAGAAGAUGAAAGGGAGCAGGAGAAGGAGGAAGAUCCAUACACAUUUGCUGAGAUUGAAGACAGUGAAUAUGAUAUGAUACUAGCCAAUAUGAGCACAAAGAAAAAAAUUGGGAGUCGAUCUUUUAUUAUAAACAGACCUCCUGCCCCUACACCUCGACCCACAAAUAUCCCUCCAAAAGAAGAAACCACACCUUACAUAGCUCAAGUGUUUCAACAAAAGACAGCUGGAAGACAAUCUGAUGGUGACAAGUUCCAUGGUCCUAAAAGACAAGACAGAGCUCGGAUGGAGAGUCAAGCCUUUUCCACCGUGGACUGCCUUGCUGCUGGACAGGAGGAACUCAUCCUCUUGCAGGAGAAGGUCAAAAAUGGGAAACUAUCUGUGGAUGAAGCCCUAGAGAAAUUUAAACAUUGGCAGAUGGGAAAGACCGAGCUAGAGAUGAUUCAACAGGAAAAACUACGCCAACUACGAGAUUGCAUUAUUGGGAAAAGGCCAGAAGAAGAAAAUGUUUCUGAUAAACUCACUAUUGUGCACCAUCCAAAUGGUAAUGAAAGUGCCCGCAAUGAAAAUAUGUUACAUAACAUACCCUUCCGCAAUAAGCUUCCUACUCGACUCCAAGGUGAAAAGGAAUUCAGUUUCUGUUGCAGGAAAGAUUAUUAAAGAAGGUUAUUAUAAUGAAACCCAAAAAUCUGCAGACAUCUGCUUUCUGAGCGAAGCAAGCUUGCAUUUGGAUUGCCUACUAUCUUCAGGGAAAAUACCAUGAAAGCAGAAGUAAACCUCUGGAUUUCACAAUUUGUUAUUGCCACAAUUUAAAUUGCUUCAGAUAGGUAUAUCAAGAUUCCAAUUGAAUGCCAUAGAGCAGUUGCAUUCUUUGACAAUUCUUGGAGUUUUCAGUGCAUUUUGCCACUGAAGCAGCUGCUACCCAUUUUGAAAAUUGAAGAAAAACAAGAGCAGAGAAGUGAAAUGCUCUGUAGCAAAGUUAUUGCACCUGUUUGAAGCACUAACCUUAACAUUUUACUCCUCUGUCCUCAGAAUGACCAUAGAAAUACAAAUUUGUUCAAUACAUAUUUGCCUUUUAAGUGGCUGGUCCUUUUUCUGAAUUUCUGACAUUCAAAGGUCUAUUAUUGUCACAUCACGUUUUCAGAAACCUUCCUUUAGUUAGUGCCCAUUAUUGAGAGAAUAUUAUUUUAACUUUCUAUAUUUCAAAUUAACAUACAUUUCUACAACCUACAUUCUUUAUUAAAAGGCUUACAAUUCCAGCAGCCUAUGUCUUAGAAACUAUGUACUAGCUUAGAAUAGAACACAGUUUUAUUGUUCUAUGAUUUCCAUGCCUGAUUCCUGCAAAUAAAAUGAAUGUUUAAAACUA